UGGCGGUCACAUGGUCGCCGUGUUGCCGCGGCAGCAGCCGACACAUCGUGCCGUGACGGAGCCUGUCGAGCAGCAGGAGGAGAGGAGGAGAAAAGGAGCUCUCAUCUCUGAGGAGGCGGAAAAGAGCAGGAGAGGUAGCCGGAGGAGGAGAGGAGGGAGCAGCCAUGUCUGAAACGCCUUUGCAGCAGAACGGCUCGACAGUGCAAAUGUCCUCCAUGGAUAACAAGCUCCACAAGGAGAGGCUCCAAGCCUUGGCGGAGAAACAUAAACGACAAACAGCGAUUGAGAGCAAGAGAAGUCAGCUGGAUGAUCUGGUGCUACAGUUACAACACCUCAAGUCUAAAGCCAUGCGUGAGCGCUGGUUGCUCCAGGGCUCCAAUGGUGGUGAGGAAGAGGAGGAGAGCAGGAGACAGCUGGAGAAGGAGGAAGAGCAGGGCAGGAGGUUGGAGGACCAGCUACACAGGCUGGAGGCCGACAUCUUGGCCCUGGAGAACGAGGAGUCCCAGAUCUCGGCCAAAGAGCAGGUCCUACGAGAACGUCUGCGAGAGAGCGAGCGAUCCAUCGAGGACCUGCAGAAGAGCUUGAUGGCACAUGAUGGAGUGGACUCCAGCAGCUCCCUGUCCACCCAGCUGACCGGCCACAACGCCCCAGGACCGGAGCCCCUGUCCCUGGACACCAAGCCCCGAAGCUUGGCAUCCUCUGGAGAUCACACAACCACGGCAAGACCUGCUCUGUUCGCCAUGGAGAUCAACGUUCAGCACGACCCAGCCACUGGUGAGCAGCGCGUCCUCUCGGCCAAUCGUAUGAGCCCGCUGGACGCGGCGUUGCGCGGGGUCAAGGUAUACGACGACGGCAGGAAGGUGGUGUACGAGGUGGCCUCCUCCUCCGUGACCUCCGCCCCCCCUGCCGACCCCGCGGCGGAGAACGGCUGGAGCUCUGAGCAGGUGGACCGCCUGGUGCAGCGGGCAGCCGGGGGUGGGGCCGGGGGACGGAGCCAGGAACACGUCACCGUCGCCCCCGCCUACGUUGCCCCUGCCUACGUUGCCCCUGCCUACGUCUCCCCCGCCGACGCCGACGACCUGUCCCCCCCGUCCUGCGCCCCCCCCUCCGUCCCCUCAAGCCCCCCCGCACAGGUGGAACUGCAGCGGGACGCGCGCCUCGGCGUCCCGCCCCCUUCCGUCAUCGCCUCCCAGCCCCGCCCCUCCGGUCCCCCCGGCGACCAGGACGAGGCGGGCGACGCCCGGGCCACGGCGGAGCACCCGGUCACCAUGGUGUUCAUGGGCUACCAGGACGUGGAGGACCUGAGUGAGGGCAGGCGCCUGCUGGGGUUCCAAGGGGGCGUGUCGGCCGAGGUGGUGCUGAUAGACGAAGAUGACGAGCGCUCUCUUAGGGAGAAGACGGUCACCGACGCCUCCCUGCUGGACGGCACCGCCGCCGACCUGGUGUCCGGUCGGCCCGCUUCCUCCGAGGACGUGGCCAGCAGCCAGCUGUCCUCGGACGCCCCGCCAGCGCCCCCCUCCUCCUCCACCUCCUCCGCCUCACCCCCACCUGGCCUCACGCCCGCCGCAGGUUAUCGGAGGACGGAUGUUAACGGCUUCCAAGUUCCAACCUUCAGACAGCCUCACCCCGCCAUGAAAGUGUUGCGGACGUUGGAUGAUGCCAGUGAGCCAGCACCAAGGGAGCGAGCUCUGAAGAGCGUCACGUUCCAGGAGUUGGUGAGCGUUAUCAGCGACUCGCCGGGAACCAUGGCACUGCAGAGCCAGCAGCAGAUCCAGCAGCAGAUCCAGCAUGGCGGCCUGGGAGGUGCCAGCGACGCGGCCCUCAGUACAACGUGUGGGCAGCUAGAGAGCCAAGAUGGAGAGGGGCUUCAGGAGAUCCGAUACCUGGAUCAGAUUUUAAAUGACGCCUCCGACCCGCCCACCAACGGAAACUCCUCCCCUUCACCACACAGCCAACAGCCAAUUACCAUUGACGGAUCCGCCCACUCGUCCGUCCACACCUCACCCUCCUCCAUCAGCCAAUCACCUGUCAUCAAGGCGGAAGGGAGGAACCAAACCACCUUUGUCUACCAGGAGGAGGGCAUCCCGCAGACCAAUGGGAAUUUGGUAGGGGAGGAGCCAGGGCGUGGGGGGGCCCGCUUUGAGCUGAGGGCGUUCCAGGAGGAGAGGAGGCCGGCCAAGCUCUUCACCCCAGGGGAGGAGCAGCAGGAAGUGCGGGUGAGGAGGAGACGGCCCUCUGAAGAGGUCCAGGAGUUAGAGCGAGAGCGCCAGGAGCUGAUCCGAGGCCAGGCGGUGAAGAAGAACCCAGGGAUCGCUCAGCGCUGGUGGAAUCCUCCUGUCGAGCUCCCGAUGGAGGAGCAGCUAGAUCCAGAACAGCUAGAAUCCCACCGGAAGUACCAGCAGAGGAAACAGAACCAGACACACACCUGCAUCUACACACAGCCCCAGGUCUCAGGCCCCCCGAUGAUGGCGAGCUUUGACCCGGACCUCCCCAGGAAGGAGGACAUCGUGGAGGAGCAGAUCGACUUCCGGUCCGCCAGGAAGCAGUUCCUCCAGGGAGGCGGGGCCCCCCGGAGAGACGUGGCGCCCCAGAUCUACUCGGCCAAGCCCUUCUCCAAGACCCCCGGCAAGACCCCCGCUGCUGCAGACCCCGACGAAGGUCACGUGACCUGGGCGGAUGAGGGGAUCGGAGGGGAGUUCACGUGCGUGCGGGCGGUGAUGACGGUGCUGAACGAUGAGGAUGAGGCGGGGGCCAGGAGGAGCGCACCCCAGAAGGUCCUCCUGUUCAACCCCGAGGAGUCGGACUCGGGGCUGGACGAGCUGUCUCUGCGCUCCCAGGACACCACGGUCCUCAGCCUGGACAACGUGUCUGACAGCGGGGCCUCCCUGCCCCUCACCCCUGUCUCCCCCCCCGCCACCCAGGAGAAUCCCCUGGAGGAGGAGCUGGAGUUCCACGCUGGUCUGCUGGUGCAGAGCGCCAUCCACCAUGCCCUGGCCGGGCAGAACGGAGACGACUGGCAGUCCGCCCUCCACCACCCCUCCUCCUCCUACUCCUCCUCCUCCUCCUCUUCCUCCUCCUCCUCCCCUCACGCUCUGUCCAGCUCUGCCCGGCUAACCCCCGUGUCCGGGAGCCCCGCCUUGCUCCCCCCCUCCUCUUCCUCCUUCUUUUCCUCCCCUUCGACCCCCACCCUGAACCCCCCAGUUCUCCCCUCCCCCUCCUCCUCCUCUCCUGCCCGUUCUCCUCCUCCCACGCCCAGCGCCUCUUCUCCCUGGGCGUCCCCUGUGCCGCAGCAGGAGCAGACCUCCCCCUCCUCUCCUCCGCGGCCCCCGCCCGCCUCCCCCCCUCAGAGGCCCCGAGGAGGCGGUCCUCGUAUCAAGGUCCAGUCCUCCUACGCCCGGGCCCUUGCUGCCUCCACCCCGGAACCCGCCCCGCCUGCCCCUGCCCUGGGCCCCGUGGUCCCCAGACCCCCCACCGUGUACCGGCCCCCCUCCCCGCCGCGGUCGGACAAGCCCGAGUUCAGCUACUUCAAGAAGUAUUCUGAGGCGGCGGAGCUGCGCAGCACGGCCCCGGGCCCCCCGGAGCCCCCCAGCCCCGCCCCCCCUGGGCCCUUCCGCCUGCGCUCCCGCAAGCAGCGCACGCUGUCCAUGAUCGAGGAGGAGAUCCGUGCCGCGCAGCAGCGUGAGGAGGACCUCAAGAGGCAUCGGGACGCCAAGCAGGCAGCGGCAGCCACGGCGGUCGGCGGUCGCCAAGUCAACCUACAACCCCCCCCCGCUCCCGCCAGUGUAGGCCAUGCCCCCGCAAAGACAAAGACACGCAGUGAGCUGCCCGGCGCCGUGCCCCUUGCCGACAAGAUGAAAAGCAACAGUCUGCCGGCCAGGCUCACCCUGACGGCCAGGACCGCGCCCGGUGGGUGGAGCCUCCAUGAGUCAGGGAAGAUCGAGAAGGUGUGCCCGGUGCCACCCGUCUCUCCGUCCCUGUCGGAGGGAGCGCUGUCGGACGCGGGGAGCGAGGACUCUGGGGGAAGACUAAAGAACUACAUGCAGACCCUGAUGGAGGACUACGAGUCCCACAAGGUGAAGCGCAGGGACAAGCUGGAGGACAACAGUGUCCUAGAAGCCACUCGAGUCACCCGGAGGAAGAGCAACAUGGCGCUGAAGUGGGAGGCAGGUAUAUACUCCAACGAGGAUGGAGAGCAAGGGAAGGAGGAAGAAGAGGAGGAGGAGGAGGAGGAGUAGAGUCACUACGAGCGCAGGAAGAGGAAGGGAGGAGGGAGGAGCUGCUAGGGGAGAUAGCGCCGGAGGGACAGCCAGCAGUAUUAAUUAUACUUGAUAGUGUUCUGAUGAUCACAUUGUGAGACCAUUUGGGCACUAUUCUGAUGAUGCAGUUGGCUUGUGAUUGGUUGAUUGAUUGAUUGAUUGACUGAGGGUUUGAAGGCAUGACUUGUAGUCCCAAGUCUUCCCCCUCUGGGGUAACGGUUCAUGGAUGUCUGGACCACAAGCUUCUUGAUUAUGAGGUGUUUUUUAACAGUCAAAUGCAGUAAACUAUAAAAUAAUGUUAUGGAAAUAAUGUUGUUUGAGGGACGCUCUACAGAAACAGGUUGGAUUCUGUAUAGAACCCAUCUUCCACACAAUAGUGUGUCAAAUAAUGUAUUACUUUUGGACUUACAGACUUAAGUCCAAACUUUUUUGCCUCAAUUGUCUCCAACUUUGAACUUUGGUGUGGCUAAUAGGAAAUGAACACAUGACAACACACACAAGAGAAAAACACUCAGUAGGGCCUCAAUCAAGCGAUUUAAGCAUUAUCUUGAAUUAAAUCAUUAAAACAGAUCAUUUUAAUUUGUUAGCGUAAGAGAUUAUAAUGCAAAACAAUCUCCAAAGGGCUCAUGUGAAACUAAAGGACUCCAUGAUGGGUGAUUAAGCAAUGAUUUACCUGGUUAAAUACUACUCACUUAGGUUAACCAUUAACUCAUUCCAAAUGAGGAACUCAGAGUUAGCUUGAUACCGAUGUUAUUAAAGCUAGUUCCUUUUCUGUUGGAGUGCAUGAUAUUCAUCUCUCCUCUGCCAUCCCAUAAUUGUAAGACCUUGACUAACGCAGAACUAUACCUCUCCACACAGGGGGUAGCUCAGUCUAGCUAUUCUUACAAAGCGUGAGACUUUUAAAAGGGAGCAGAGUAUGUAGGAAAGCUUUUGGCAAGCGAUUUGGUUAUGUUUAAAGUCACUUAUUUCAAUACCUAUCAAACUUGGAUGCUUAGAUGACCUGUGCGUUGUGAUGGAAGCAGUUCUUUUACCUGCAUUAUAUUGAGGAAGGACUGUGUGUUUGAUUGAGCUUUCAUUCUUUUAUUUUAGUAGCUUAGUCGUAAUGAUUAAAGAGGACAUAUUAUACCACCAGGUGUGAGUGUGAUUAGCCUAACAAGCCGUUUCGAAAAUCUGCCCUAUAUGACAUCACUAGUGACAUCAACUAGAUCUGUGCUGGAUAGAUGAGCAACGUUUACUUCAGUCCACUGAGUAGGCUGGUAGACUGAUCUAUCCAGCACAGAUCUAGGUGGACACGCCCACUAGUGAUAUCAUAUGGGGCAGAUUUUCGAAACGCUUGUAAGGCUAAUCACAUUCAGACCUGGUGGUAUAAUAUGUCCCCUUUAAUAAAACCGUUUUUUUUCACAAUACCAAACCGAUAUAUCUAUAACAAAAUAAUGUGUCGAAAUUUAGAAUCAACGGUUGGCCACGUAUUUUUUAAUAACUCUGUUGAAGAAAAGUAAUUGUAGCUUACAGCCUAUCCUAGACGAACUGUAACAUAAUCAUCCAAUCAGGUGCCAGGUCAUUGAAGAACAGAAAAGCUCUUGUUCAAUCCAAUGCAGUCUGUCACUUGUUGUAUUGUAUGCACUGUUGGGAUGAAGGGUUGGACUUGUAACCGUCCAGACUCAUCUGGCCUUCAGGACUGUGACCGGAUCAGACUGGAUUGACAAGGAUUGAACUAGGCCAAACUGAUUGGACUGGAAUUAAAUUGAAUGGAAUGAAUCGGAUUGGACUGGGAGGAAUUGUAUUGACCAGGAAAAUGUAAAUUGUUUGGACCCUCAGCAAGAGAAUCAGAUGUGAACUGAAUCCAGAUUCAAAUUGAACCGACUCCACAUCACAAACCUGACGCUUUCGUGGAAGAAAUGGCCAACAGUCGAGUAUUAAGUAUUGGAAAAUAACGUUUUCAAUACCACUUGAAAACGUUUCAGUCACUCAGUAAUUAUUUCUCAAACAAGGAUGACUAAUGACAGGCUACUGGUUGGUUUACAGCGGCACAAAAAUGUGCACGUUUAAGUGUCCUUUUACUAAAGCAAUGAUCAUAAUCACUUACCUUCAUCUAAGAAUUGCGUGACUACAUUUCAGAAUCAGUCACAUUCUGAUUCUUUUCAAAUUACUUAAAUGUAGCAUCACCUCACUUAAAAUUGUUUUCAAGUCCCCAUUAAGUUAAGUAUGUCUGGUUGAAAGUGCCAUUUAAAAUUCUGAACCAGACCCCUUGCGCGAUGUCCGUCUCUGUGGGUUUUUAUGGACGUGGGAUAAACGCAGAGGAAAACUUUAUUUAAUUUAUUAGGACAAACGAAUGAAACAUGUGUUUGAAUACUGAAUGAACCUUUGAUCACCCGCUGUCUUCACCUUUCUAAUCACAUUGCAUCCUGAAAUAAUACUGACGUGUUUUCUGGAAAAUACUUUCCAUAUUUAAUAUUAUAAUGUAAGCUAAAAGUAUUUAACAGAUUAUCCUGGCUUUGGUCAGUCUGAAGAACAUUUAAGGAACCAGAGAGCUGUAGAGAGGAGGUCAGCCGACAUUUGUAUAUACGGACUGCGUAGACCACCCACAGAAUUAAAGAGUUUAUUAAGACUUGAGGAAAUACAUUUAGAGCGGUUAAACUGUAUUUAUAAAAACACACGACACACAGGAUUAAUGUUUAGAAACGUCCCUGUGUUGAGAAAUAUAGCCCAUGUGUGUGUUUGGGACUUAAUUGACAAAAAUACAGAAACGUUUUACGGUAGCUUACUGCCAAUGCCAUAUGUGUGAUAAUCAUGAUAGUGUGCCUGUGAGUCACCAUGCACUAAUAUUAGGCACAUUGCCAUAAUGACCAUUAUGCAGAAUGAUUUAGAUCCAAGACACACACAUCCAUGUUGUUAUUUACUGUAUUCAGCUUCUGCAGCGCAUUCGCUCCUGACCUACAAUGUACAACAUUGUUAAUACACACACACACACACACACACACACACACACACACACACACACACACACACACACACACACACACACACACACACGCACAUACAUAGACACACAGACAUACCCAUGUGUAGAGUUAACCAUAGGGUCUUUGUUGUGUGUUACAUUUAUGUUACAAUAUGACAAGUUUUGAGUAUGGGAAGAGUACGGUUGAUGUGGUUACAUGUAUGUUACAUGUAUGUUACAUGAUUACAAUGGGUUUAAAAAUAGUUAAAAAAUACCAAAUGUCUACUGCACUACUCCCAAACAGAAUGCAAAUGGUUAUCUGUGUGACUUUUUAUUAUUAUUAUUAUUAUUAUUAUUAUUAUUAUUAUUAUUAUUAUUAAUGUGCUUUGUUUCCCAGUGCUCCCGGUGCUCGGAAUCUUGCUGUACCGGAGUGGGCUUAGAGCACGAAACACGUUAUUACUUUCUUGUCUGUAUUUUAUUUCUUUGCGUGCAGUAAGGCCUCCUAUGUUAACCUCUGUUACUAUUAACCACUUUUACACUCAUAAUCUGCUGCAUCAUUUAAAUCCUAUGUAACGCUCACAGUUAUCUACCUUAUAUUAUGAAUAUUUUUCUCAUUAAACACAAAAGUGCUACUGC